AUGUCCAACGGCACCAAACCACGUGUUGACGAUGAGGACGACGUCGGUGAUCUCGACGCUGACUUUGCGAAAUCUCUCGCUGAAGAAAUGGAGGUUCUUUGGCGCGGUUUUGCGCAACAAGGAGUGACUGAAGGUUUAAUCGAUGAAGACGAGACUGCAGAACAACGAGAAGAGCGGGAGCGCACGCUCGCACCGGCUUGGGAAGCCAUGCUGAUAGAAGGGGUGGAUGGCACGACCGACCCAUCGCUCACACAGGGAGCACCACCUAUUGCCCCGAAAACUGGCGAAAAGGAUGACUUCCAAUCACGCAUGCGAAACACUAUGAACAAGCUCAAGGAGAGCGAGUCAGGCUUGAAGUCAUCGGAUCCGAGCAGUUCUGCUCCUAGUCCUGAUUCAUUCGAGGCGCUUCUAUCUCAAUUCGGAGACGAGGAUGAAGAAGAGAUGCAGGGUGUCCUAGAAGCCAUGAUGGGCCAGCUUAUGGGCAAGGACGUCCUGUACGAGCCCUUAAGAGAACUCUCGGACAAGUUCUCGGACUACCUCAAGGCCAAUGUAGCUACAUUACCGUCCGGUGAUAAGUCACGCUACGAUGCACAGAUUAUCUGCAUGAAGCAACUCCUGGAAAUUUUUGAAUCGAAAGAUUACGCUGACAACGACGACGAGACGAGACUUGAAAUCGUCGACCUCAUGGGCGAGCUUCAAAAUCACGGGUCUCCCCCAGAGGAAAUCAUGGGCCCAUUGCCCCCCGGAUUGAGCAUGGGCGCCGACGGCAUGCCAAAUAUGCCGGAUAGGGCGUUCCUUCACCGCACUGGCGGCAACAGCUCUCACUCGAGCUUGCUUCAUAGGACCACGUCUCCAUCCUGCCAACUCCCCAUCUUUCUGAUCAGCUCUUUGCCCUACCUGUCACUCCCAUCGUGAUCAUCAGCCGCGAAGAGCGCAACUACAAGAGUUUCAAGAGGUUCGUUCUAGAUCACAUCUUGCUGCUCCAUCUGUGCUGACGUUGUCGAUGUACUGAGUUAUCGCGCACCAUAAUAAGUAUACUGGGCAUUCCUUCAUGGCAGAGUACUUCGUUCCAGUAGUUGCUUUUUACUGGAAAGACGUGAAUGGAACGAAGAUGGAAAGCAGAAUCCUUCAAGUCGAUCGGCUGCUCGUG